AUGAGCUGGGAGCUCGAUCACCCCGAAGAAGAGAGGCGAAUUGCAGGAACCAUAAACGAUGAACCCGUUCCCCCAUUCUAUGCCCAACAGAGCGACGAAACGCCGACGGAGAAGUCCUGGACCGGCAGCUCCAUCACGCUCGAGAACGUGGAGAGACACGAGGCUGGGAUGUAUCGAUGCCGGGCCGACAACGGACUCGGGGAUCCUAGCACCGACGACGUCCAGGUCGUCGUCAACUAUGCACCGGAGAUUCACGUGGAUCAAGAUUGGAUCCACUCUGGAGAGGGCAACGACGUGAAUCUCACCUGCAACAUCCAAGGGGACCCCAAGCCUACUGUGGAAUGGCAGCGUCGUAUGGAAGACGGAAAGAGGUUUACACUGGAUCCGUCCGUGACGUGGCACAUUGGGAACACCUACACCCUGGAUAUCAAGAACCUGAGCCGUGGGGAUUUCUCCGUCUACUUCUGCAAGGCCUGGAACGAGCUCGGGGAGACGGAAGGGAGCAUCGAAGUAUCGGGUGAGGACAGACAGGCGCGACAAAGGAACGGCCGGGAACGGGUGGGCAACAUCACGGGAAAAGCUCCAAGGGUGGCCAAUCAGGCGAAAUUCAAGUCGGAGCCUGACGGAGAUCAGUCGAAUUCCUAUCGACUCGUCUGGGAAGUGGAGAGUUACAGCCCCAUCGAAUCGUACGAGCUCGAGUACCGCAAACACAACGAGACGGAGAGCCUGCCGUGGUCGACGAUCGCGAUACCGGCGAAUUCGUCGUUUUCUUAUCAGCACUCGAUGGCCUACACACUCGAGGGCCUGACGGAGGCUACCAUCUACGAUGUCAAAGUUCGAGUCAAGAACCGGUUCGGAUGGAAUCGGGAGUCAGAAAUCACCACCUUCACCACCCUCAGUGGUUACGGCAUCGGCGUUGGGAUCGAUGGACGCGUGCUUCCCCCUCACUCAUUAGUCUUUAACCUCCUUUCACCCUAUGAGCUCAACAUUCCUUCCUCCUUCUUUAGAGGGAGAGGAACGUGGAACCCUCAUAGACUCCAAAAUAUUCCACCUCCCUGGCCGUGCGAGGCGAGUGAGGUGCGUGCUGAGGCUCCAUCUCGUAGCCUCUAA